CGAGUAUUCGUCAGCAGUUGUGUGCUGUUUAGCAACCCACUUUUAUUUGUCUGAAACAGUGCUUGCAAAUGGGAUCAAAGGCAGAGAAGAAAGUUAUUAUCGUGGGGAAAUAUUGUGUCGGCAAAACUGCUCUGAUUAAUAGGUUUACAAAGAACAAAUUUGACGAACUCUCGCCGUACCAUCCUGUACGUAAGUUUAAUACAUGCAUAUGAAUUUUAAAAUUGGUCAUAUUUGUUUCCAUAAAUAUCACCAUAACGGUCAUAAUGUAAAGAUUAUCUAACCUCUACCAAGCUAUUUCUUUGAUCCGAUUUUAUUUUUAAAAUAGUUAAAAGCUAUUUUUUCCCUAAAAACCCAGCAAACGUACUCCUAGCUCCACUUUGCAAGAGUCCUAAAGGAAACUGAGAGAGACUAGCACGUGGUAGAUGAUCAUAUCUUCCGUAAACCACGAAAUUAAAUCUAGUCUUGGCCAAAAACAUUAAGCUCUAUAAGCAAGCGUCUUGAUUUGAGAAGCCGUUUUAACAUAAAUUAAUUUGUCCAUCUUCUAACACACUGUGAUCCAAUAUUCAGGGGAAUGUCACGCAAUAUAUACGCUAUAUUUGCAUAGAGGAAGUCCCGCAAACUUGAGCAACGGGGGAUACUCAUUUCUGAAAACAUAAUAACAAAAUUAAAAAUAUGAUAAUGAUGAAAACCUAAUGAAUAAUAUCUGAAGCGUCUAUUUUUUUUUUUUUUAUAAAUUCCCCUUAUUAUUGGGCUGCCUGUGGCAUGGCAAACGCUAGACUACGAGUCGUCCACAUUUUCCUUAAGGGAUGUUAGGGACUUUAAGAUCCAAGGACGCGGACGACAACGAGAAGGUCAAAAAAACAAUAGGUUUAAUAAGCAAAACAAUAACUUCGCACGUGCAUCACACUUUUUUGUACAUUUCUUUCUCUUUUUUGCACGACUACGACGUGAAAAUGUCUAAUUUCGCGUUUUAUGGAGGACGUAAACAAGCAACGACAAAAUUUUAUUUCUCUUUCUGAGCUUGAAUAUGGUCCCUUGAAAUUCAGCUUCAGGACGGUUCGCCUACAAUUGACAAAGUAAGUGGGUAGGAACAAUCGCACUAAAGACUGAAAGAAGGCAAAUUCGUUUUUUAAGCGACGUUCUUGUCCCCGUCGCGUAGUUGGAUCUUAAAGUCCCUAGUAGAGCGAGCGAAACGCGAGCGCACGUGAAAAUCACUCCACGCCGGAAAUUAAGGCAAGACGCGGUGGGGAGAUCGCGUCUCGCCUUCCUCGCGUUUCGCUCGUUCUACUAUCCCUGAAUACUGAAAAUGGGGACUACUCGUAGUCUAGGCAAAUCCCAACCCCUUCCCUCGAGCACCCAAAAUUUUGGGACGGACGAAUUUUCGGCCGGCUGAAAAUUCGUGCGUUUAGGUGUUCCGUUCACACGGUAGGAAAAUUUACAUAGCCUGCGAAUCAGGCCUUCUAUUGGGGCUAGAAACGGAGGGAGGAGAUUUGGGAUUUCGUUCUCUCCCUUUUUUCCCUCUCUCUUCGCUCUUUCUCCCCAAAACGCUUCGGGUUAAAAUUUCGACCCCCAGCCUUUCAAACUUCUGAACAAAGAGGAAAUAUUCAACGGUCGCGUGUUAGCCUUUUCCAGACUCUCAGAUUAUUUUUUAUAUAGGAGGAAUGACGCGUAAGUGAAAGGCGCGCGAAAAUAUGAGCGCGUGAUCUGGGAAAAGGGGGGGAGAUGCCGGAACCUGGAACAGGCUAGUCCCGUGUGAACGAAGUCUCCCGUCAAAAAUAUGUCUGGUGCGGUGUACAGAAACAGUUCUUGGUAAUGAGAAGUUUAUCUUGUAGACAAUAGGUGCUGCGUUUGCUUCUAAGCAAGUAACUGUGGGGAGGAAAGAUGUUACUCUCGGGAUAUGGGUAAGUAGAACGUUCUCGACAACUUAUCUUGUACUUGUACAGUAUUAUUCAUUACACCAAUUAUCAGCACUGAAGCACACGCGCGUCACCAUGGUUGUGCGCAUGUGUAAGGUACUGGCCAUACCGCAGAGCGUGGUACGUGUGCUUUAGUGCUGAUAAUUAGUUAUGGUACGAUAGACAUAGAGGAACUGAUAGUACGGGGAAUUGGGGCACGAUAGCGGAACUGCUGAGGGGAAGUAUACUUCCAAAAGUUAUUCGUUAGGGAUUUUCAUUGUUGAACAUUUGCUCCGCGCCUGAAUGGUAGCGCCCGCCUGAAUGGUAGCGGACGUUUCUAAUCGCCGCCCGAUUAGCUCAAUUAGAUAAGCGCCGGUCUGCUGAGAGGAGGUCGAUGGUUCAAACCCCGGCCGGACCAACACUCAGGGUCUUCUGCUGCCUUUGUUGGGACAUCUACAAAUGGUUAGACAUUCUAGUCUUCUCGGAUAAGGACAGCAAACCGUAGGCCCCUUCUCACAGCUCUUUCACUGUUCUGAUUCUUGUGGGAGCGGACGAAAAAGAACCCACACUGCUGUUCAUAAAGAGUAAGGGGCAUAGACCCCUGU